GUAUGAAAUACGCUUAAACCUUAUCUUCAUUGUAAGGGCAUCAUAAGGUAACUGACGCAACGGAUAUAAGCAUAUAUUUAGCCUCGCGUGGCCUGCAUUUUAUGCAUCUCGGAACGCUAUAGCGUGUGUGCGUCUUCGUGUUAUGAUGCAAAAAAAAAGCGUUAAUUAUAACCUUACGAUUAGGAGUUCUCUUAUUUUUAAUCUAACUCGAAUCUCAUUAGUACAUAUUGCUGUAAUCUGAGUAAAACUGCAUAUCAUUGUUAAUUUUUAGAUACAAUAUGAAGUUUUCAGAAGGAGAAGAAGUACUUGUAAAACAUCCAAGUACUGAUAGAUACCACAAAGGUAAAAUAUUAAGUAUGAGAGGUGAACGGUAUAAAGUACAAUUUGAAACAGGCAUUGAACAGUAUGUUCAUUCAACUGAUAUUAAGAUGAAUAGGCCAUCAAGAAGUACAACUAGAGCUAGUAGUAAAAGUAGAAAAAGUCCCACUAGAUAUUCAUCACUCAGAAAAUCUCCACGCAGACGUUCACCCGGAAGAUCUCCAUCUAUAAAUAGACAAUCUACAAGGACUCAAAAAUUUGCAAAAAUUUCUCUACCACGAAUAGAAAUACCUAGGGAUAUGCAGGAUAAUGGCAAUACUGACAGUAAAAAGAAUAUAAAUGAUGACGAACAUUCUAUUGAAUCAAUGCCUCUUCAAUCGCGAUUGAAAGAACUAGGAACAGUGACGCGUAGAUCAAUGAGAUUGUUAUCUGGUACGCUAAAACCUGAAUCAGAUCAUAAAAUGGUUUUAUUAACGAGAAAUAUUAAUCGAGCUGUCUCACUUCCCAUAGAAAGGAAGAGUCAAAUGCAUGAUUUUAGUGUUGAUGUGAAGGAAAGGGGGCAUUCAGUACAAAGAGAUCAAGAUCUAUUAAAAACUAUAAAUUAUGAAAAAGAUGUAGAUAUAAAUCCACAAGUAAUAGAAAAACGAAAGAAAGAAAUCAGCAUGGUUAGUGAGCCACAAGAAUGGGGAGGAUGGUUUGGAACCCUUCUUCUUAUAGUUUUAUCACCCGUGAUAAUGAUAUUACCGCAAUUAAUGUGUAUAAAAGAUGAAUGUAUACUUGGAUAUCCUAAGAUACUAACAGACGUAACGUUAUACGUAGAUCUUAGAAUUUUUACUGCAUAUUUAGGUCUCUUUUUAUUUGUAAUAAUUUUUUCGACUAUACCGAUUGGACGAAAAAUUGAUGGACCACAAAAUAGAGUUGGAAGAUUACAGUAUCGUCUAAAUGGUUUUUUAUGCAGCCUUUUAUCAGUAAUCAUAUUUGCUGCGUGUAUAUAUAAAGAACUAGAAGUCACUGAUCUCGUUAUACAAAAUUCUGUACAAUUUUCAAUUAGCGGUUGGAUUCUUGGAACAAUUUUAUCAUUAUUAUUAUUUGUAAAGGGUGGCAAAGCUCCUGUAGCUAAUCUAAACAUACAUGGAUCUACUAACAGUAUGAUAUAUAAUUUUUGGCAAGGGAGGGAAAUAAAUCCACGAAUUGGUCCUGUGGAUAUCAAAAUAAAUCUUUUUCGGACUUCCAUGAUAACAAUAAUUCUCAUAAAUUUGUCCAUUGUGAUAAAAACAAUUGAAGAAACGGAAACAUAUAGUUUAGAACAUCUUAACAUAGGUGUUAUGUUAGGAACUUUACUGCAAAUAAUUUAUGCGAUGGACGCACUAUUCUUUGAAUCUGCAAUACUAACAACUUUUGAAAUAAUGUAUGAAGGAACUGGUUACAUGUUAUGUACCGGUUAUAUGAUGUACCCAUUUUUAUUGGCUUUUACAACAAAGUACAUGUUAUAUCACAAAACACAAUUCACUUAUCUGUUUGUCUUUCCUAUACUUGCAUUUAUAAUUGGAUAUUUGCUAUAUAGAAUAAGCAAUUUACAAAAGAAUAAGUUCAGAAGAAAUCCUUUAUCUCCAUCAUUAAUGCACUUAGAAACCAUACCAACCACCCGUGGUAAGAAGCUUAUAGUAUCUGGAUUAUGGGGUCAUGUAAGACAUCCGAAUUAUUUAGGUGAUAUAAUAAUGUGGUGGUCGAUAUCGUGUAUAAGUUUGGCGGAUAAUAUUUUGCCUUAUUAUUAUGCAAUUAUAUGUACAGGAUUGUUGAUAUAUAGAGCAAGAAGAGAUAAUGAACGUUGUAAAAUGCGUUAUGGUUUAGCUUGGGAACAAUACACGUCACGUGUUAAGUACAUGAUUUUAUAUCGUAUAUUUUAGAAUAUAAUAUGUAGAGAAUAUUAGCAAAGCUACCUUUAGAUACCAAAAUAUGUUAUAAAAUUGUACCUUUAAAAA